UGAGGAAAAUGGCGGCGGUGAAGAAGAGCGUCCUGUCGUCGUUGGCGGUUUACGCGGAGGAUUCCGAGCCCGAAUCCGACAGCGAGGCCGGCGCGGCGGGGAGCGAUGGCGGGACGGCAGCGGAAGAAAAAGGAGGUCUGGUGUCAGAAGCAUAUGGCGAAGAUGAUUUCACCCGGUUGGAAGGAGAUGAGGAUGGGUAUGAGGAAGAGGAUGAUGAAAACAGCAGACAUUCAGAAGAUGACGAUUCAGAGACUGAAAAACCUGAGGCUGGUGACCUAAAGGAGUUCUCAGAACUGGAGAAGAGAGAUCCCCAGGAGCUAGUUGCCUCCUUCUCAGAGCGAGUAAGAAAUAUGUCUCCAGAUGAGAUCAAAAUCCCUCCAGAACCCCCAGGCAGGUGUUCAAACCACUUACAGGAUAAGAUUCAAAAGUUGUACGAUAGGAAGAUGAAAGAGGGCAUGGACAUGAACUACAUCAUUCAGAGGAAGAAGGAAUUUCGUAAUCCCAGCAUCUAUGAAAAGCUGAUCCAGUUUUGUGCCAUCGACGAACUUGGUACGAAUUAUCCCAAGGACAUGUUUGACCCUCAUGGGUGGUCUGAGGACUCCUACUAUGAGGCACUAGCCAAAGCACAGAAGAUUGAAAUGGACAAACUGGAAAAGGCCAAGAAGGAGCGCACAAAGAUUGAGUUUGUGACUGGCACUAAGAAGGGCACAACAACAAAUGCUUCAUCCACCACAACCACAACAGUCAGCACUGCUGUUGGAGAUGCUCAAAAGAGAAAGAGUAAGUGGGACUCCGCCAUCCCGGUAACAACAAUAGCUCAGCCCACCAUCCUCACCACCACUGCAACAUUGCCAGCUGUUGUCACAGUAACCACCAGCGCAAGCGGCUCCAAAACCACAGUUAUCUCUGCUGUUGGCACCAUAGUGAAAAAAGCAAAGCAGUGACAAGUGCAUUGAGACUUGACCUGGGCUUCCAGACUGAAUUCUCAUUGAAGGCACCACCCUUUGAAGGGGAGGAGGAGAGGGUCACUCUUAUUUGCUCAGUACAAAAUGGCAAGACUUGAAAACAGACCCAACAUGCGCCGCCCCCUCCUCCCCCCCCCCCCAUUAAGGGAAGUGGGGGAAGCAGGAACAUCAGGUGUGUGCACACAGGACUGACCUUCAUAGAAAGGAGUUUCUCCAUCCCGUGUCACUGCUGAAACGACCAGUCGCUCUGUAGUGUGCUGAAGGACAAUGGUGUGCAACGUGUCAUCUUGUAAACGUUAGCUCAUUUAAGUGCUGUAUUGUUAUUACUUUUAUGGCUUGGAGAGUCUUAUCCCUACUGGAAAUCUGAAUUUUAAAAAUAAAUGGGAAAAUAUCAGUCAUUCUCUUGCACCUCCGGCCACGCUUUAAAGGUUGUUGCCCUAUGAUUUGGUCUCCCCCACUCUGCCUCAAGGGAAUUAACGUGCACAAGGCUGAUCAGCAUCCUUGCUCGUAAGCAUAGCUGAGAUGUGAGUGUAUAAUCUACAUGCAAAGAAAUGAGUCUACAGAUGUGAACAGCAAUUGUAUGAAUGUAACUUAUGUGCAUAUCCAUGUAGCUUUUAUUCUGGUAAUCAGGUGUUACAAAGCAUUGAAAUUUUUGGAUAUAAAAUAGUGAAAUAGUCAAGUUUUGCUAGCCUCUUACAGAGAUGGAGAUCCCCUGUGCAGAACCUGGACUGUCAGUGUCACAUUUGUGAAAUCAGAGCGUGCAUUUGGAGAGAGCUGCUGAGAGAAAUUUUGUCAUCAUGGAGUAAAAUCAGAUACCAGAUUCAGAGGAAAGUGUUCCUAAUGUAGAAGCCUAUGGUGUCUAUGUAUAAUGUAGUGACUUAUACUGUGAAACACACACAGCAGUGCUGUUUGCUCCACUGUAGUGAAAAAGAUACUGUCAACUUAAAUUUUAUGGGGGGGGGGGGUUCUUACCUAUGUUACUAAAAAUUCUUCAUUAUAAAAAUGGAAAAUUUUAAAAAUUCCUGUGUCCUUUUCAUAUCUUACUAUGUGCAUUUCUCUGACCAGCUAAUGAAAAAAAUCAUUAUUUUCACUUUUAGUGUUGAUACCUGGGUUGCAAAUGCUGCAGGGGAGUGUUUACUUUAAAACUUUUCCCCGUGACAUUUUAAGAAAUCAUGGAAACAUCUUUAGACUUUUGUCUGUUGACUGAGACCAUUUUCUGGACAUACUUUGUGUUUAUAUUCCUUUUUAAAGAUUUCUCAGCUCUUUCAUUAUAAAACCCAUAUUCUAGGAUUG